AUGUCUGGCUCCGCGGCGCUGGAGUAUGGCUUCCCAUCGACUCACUCGACCAAUGCGGUAUCCGUCGCGGUCUACGCUCUAUACUUGUUGAAUUCUCCCGAGUCGGCACUCAGUGACGGCCUAAAUCUGUUCCUCCAGGUCGUUACCUAUCUAUACGUCACGUCAAUCGUCCUAGGCCGUUUGUACUGCGGUAUGCAUGGGUUUUUCGACGUCGUUAUUGGGUCAGCGUUGGGUGUCAUAUUGGCUGUUUUGCAUUGUACUUUCGAGACGGCUAUAGAUCAAUACGUCCAGGUCGGCAGCGGAAAACAGGUGGCGCUCGUCAUUCUCAUCAUCCUAGCUCUUGUGCGCAUCCAUCCGGAACCGGCCGACGAUUGUCCUUGUUUUGAUGAUAGCGUUGCUUUCGCGGGUGUAAUGAUCGGGGCGCAGGUGGCAUACUGGAAUUUGGCUAGGGCGAACGCGACGUGGGACAACCCGCAUCCCGCGACUCUCCCUCAUUCCCGAUAUGAGGGUCUAGGCUGGGCAACCAUGGGUCUCCGCUUUCUUAUCGGAGUGGUGCUACUCUUCGCGUGGAGAGAAACCAUGAAGCCCACUUUGUUGCGCACUCUUCCGCCGGUUUUUCGUGGGCUGGAGAAGCUGGGGUUGAUCCUACCUCGCCGCUUCUUUACCAACGCCUCACAAUACACCACUGUUCCCGCGCAACUGAAGGACCACGAAGUAAUGCCGAGCUUCUCCGAUAUCCCUUCCAUUGUCGCGAACAUCCGCCAUCCAAGACGCCGCGCAAUCUCAAUCGGGCCGCAAUCCGAAGCCGACGCAUACGAGACUCUAGCAUAUCGCGAGAAACGCAGGCGGGACAGCCUUUCCAGUCCAUACCGGGGCUCUCCUGCAUUGGACGCCAUCCAGGAUGACGCCUCGACUUCUGCGACAGCCCUGCCAAAGCUGUCGCGGAAACCGUCCAAGCUGGACGAGUACGAGCACAUGAUGGGAAGGGGUACGACCGCAAUCGAAAGAUCUCAGUCCCCGGAAGGCACAGAGCCGUUCCCCGAGUUCGUCGAUCAUGAGCGAGAAGAGGAAGAGCUUUUUGCACAAAUAAAACGUCCUCGUGUACGAUAUGAUGUUGAGGUUAUCACGAAGCUGGUUGUAUAUUCAGGGAUUGCUUGGAUUGUCAUUGACGGGGCUGGCGUGCUGUUCGAAUGGAUAGGACUCAUGCCUGGCCCGUAA